AUGGAAGCGUCAACGUCGUCGCAGCAGCCCGGCGAGGCAGCCUUGGCGGCGCUGUACCCGUACCUGGCUGCUCCCGGCGUCCGGUUCGUCCCGACCGAGCAGGAGCUCAUCCUCUGCUACCUCCGGCGCAGGCUUCGCGGCGAGAAGCCCCCGACAGAGCUCGUGCGCGACGCCGACGUGUACGCGGUGCACCCGCAGCUGCUGACGGAUGAGCUGGGCCCGAGCGAGGGGGGCUACUGGUACGUGUUCACGCAGAGGAACCGCAAGUACGCCAGGGGGGGCCGGCCGAGCCGGAGCACCGGCGACAUGGGCCGCUGGAAGUCGGUGGGCAAGAUCACGGACGUCACGUACGGGAAGGACAAGGCGAAGAUCGGGUACAAGAACUCGCUGGCGUACGAGGUGUUCGUCUACGACGACGGCGGCGGCGGCGACUCCAAGUCCAAGUCCAAGAAGAAGCGGGUAGAGAAGACGGACUGGAAGAUGACCGAGUACGUCGACGCCGGCUCCAACCGGCCCAUCUCGUCCGACCCCAACAACUUCAUGCUGCUCAACGAGUGGGUGCUGUGCAAGAUAUCACGCAAGCCGGAUAAGAAGAAGAAGAAGAAGAAGAACGGGGAGGAGGAGGAGGAGGAGGAUGAGGAGGAGGAAGGGGAGGGGGAGCAGGAUUCGUCACUGAUGCUCGUGGACGAGCAGCCGAUGGACACCAGCCCCGACCCCAACCCGUCGCAGGUGCCCGCCGGCCUCUUACAGUACGUCGCCAACUGGUCGGACAGCACCGUCGACAGCCAGGUCGAAGGAUCCGGCUCCGGCUCCGGCUCCGGCUCCGGCUCCGGUGCCGGUCUCCAGCAGGCUGCUGACAACGACCCGUUUGGGGUUUAUGAUCUGGGGCCCUUGCCUGAGAGCUGUUUAGGCCAUGCCUUCAGGCAUGAUCGAUGGCCCAACUAUUAUCAAGAGUACACCGAUACUGAUUCGUCCGGCGGCCGGCUCCGAACUCCCAGCGACCCUGACCCCAUGGAGACCCCGCUGGGACUACCAGCUGCUUAUCAUGCGGAUUUCUUCGCUGAUCCUCCAUCCUCCGCCGCCGACGGUCUUGAACAACACGCCAAGGUGGCGAUUCUCAAGAGAAAAGAGCACGCCAAGUCGAGCGGUGACGACGCUGGGAACAAGGGCAGCGCGGCAGCAAAGAAGAGCUCCGGGCCUGCAAAAUAAAAUUAUUCUGUUUAAUGCAUAGCAGGAGUACAUUGGUAGAUUUAGGAGUAUAUGUCUUUGAAACCUGCAAGGAACUGGAUAGCAU